UGGCGGUUAACAAUGGGGUUGAAUAACUGAACGCAGAUGACAAAAAAUAAAUCUGUCGCGGUCCUCGAGGGAAUUCGUAGUGCAAAAAUCUAAAAAGUAGACAAAGUGUAGAAGUUCCUUUUUUUUCUUAAACGCGUAACUAAAAAAAAGUGACUCGAGCAACAAAAUGGCGAGAGAGAAUAAAGAGGAUACUGUGGUUAUAGAUGAGGCGCUAGAAAGAACGGGUUAUGGCAAAUUUAACAUACUCGUUAUUUUAUUUUCCGGCUUCGUGCUCAACAAUGUGGUGCUCGAAUCGGUGGGCGUUAGCUUUGCACUGCCCGUCUUAGAGUGUGACCUGAAUCUAUCUCACCGAGAGCAGGGCAUAAUAGGUGCUGUCGCCUUCGCCGGUGUCAUUACGAGUUCACACUUUUGGGGAUUUCUAGCCGAUACCACUGGUCGCAAGCGAAUAAUGCAACCGGCAUUACUUAUGGGCUUUUUUAUUACCGCGCUCUCAAGUUUGUCGCCAAAUUUCAUAACCUUCGCUGUGCUGCGUUUUUUAAAUGGCAUACUACUUUCGGCCGGCUCCGCGACGAUUUUCGCUUACCUCGGAGAGUUUCAUUGCCAAAAAUAUCGCAGUGGCGCAAUGUUAGGCAGUGCUUUGGUAAGUGCAGUUGUCUCAAUAUUCUUCCCCGUCAUCGCCUGGCUAUUCAUCAAUCAAAACUGGGAAUUCCACGUGCCCUUCAUUAACAUAGUUUUCAAACCAUGGCGUUCUUAUUUCUUGGCCUGCGGUGUGCCAGGAUUUAUAUGUGGUUUGUCAAUGUUUUUCCUGCCGGAGAGUCCGAAGUAUCUACUAACUGCCGGCAGGCCCGAAGAAGCUAUAGAAGUCUUGAAGUGUAUGCAUAGUAUUAAUCUUAAGAGCAAGGACCGUGACAACACGUAUAAGGUUACCACCUUACUGCCGGACGCCGACACGCCGAUAGCAAAAGUGAAAGGUUUAGAAAAGGACAAAUCUCUACUGACAUCCAUACUGAAGUCCAUGUGGCAACAGACCGCACCACUUUUUAUGCGCGAGCACUUGAGGAAGACCUUUCUGUGUAGUCUAAUAUUAUAUAUAUUAUUCUUCAGCGCGCACGGCGUCUAUAUGUGGUUCCCGUAUAUUCUAAAUAACACCAUGCAAUAUACGGAAAAGUUUACCGAGCCACUGCGCAUUUGUGACAUUAUCAAAUUCGUACGUUCGGGAAAUCUUACGGGUGUGGAAGCAGUUCAUGGACAGACUGAAGGGUGCGCAAUGCAUUUGGAAUUAUCAACAUACAUGCAUACCAUAUUCCUGGAAAUUAUAUAUGUAUCUCUGCUACUGACCAUUAUGUUUGUCAUUAAUCGAGUUGGACGAAAGCCAAUGCUUUUUAUAAUCCUUUUUGUUUGUGGAACUUGUGGCAUUUUAGCCUUUACCAUACAAAUACCGUUGCUGGCCAUUUAUCUCUUCGUCAUUCAGCUUUCCUGCGGUCUUGGCACAACGGUGCUCAAUGCCAUUUCUGUCGAAAUAUUCCCUACAAAUUUAAGGGGCAUGGCUGUUUGCAUAUCUCUGAUGAUCGGACGUAUUGGCAGCGUCUCGGGAUCCAAUAUUUUGGGUUUACUCAUUGAAACACAUUGCGAGCUGGCGCUCUAUAGCCCAGCGGUGGCGCUAAUCAUUGCCGGCGCUUUAGGUUUCCUUUUGCCGAGCUCCAACAACCCCGUUGCUAAGCCAAAAGAUUUGGAAAGUACUUCAUAACUUACCUGUUAAAUCAAGCUAACUGUUAAUUUUUUGAACACGCAAAUGUAGUUUGGAAUAAAUUCAUUUAAGUAAAAGGUGAUAAUUUGAUGAAACAUUUACUGCGUAGAUAUAUUUAAAUAAUCAUAAAUAAUAAAUAUUUUAUAUUUUUCUUAGUCCAAA